UUUUGUUUCAUUUGUGAUGAAUUAAUUAAGAUUAUCAAUGGCGACAGGUCAAUGAAUAUGUUUAUGUAAAAAAUGCUACACCUGUUAGCAAGAGUUUGAAAUGUGGAAGUUUCAUUCUGACAUUAAUCAUUUUUAUGUGCAGUGGAAGGAAAAUAGAUGAAACUUUACAAAAAUAUAUUUUUAGAUUGAAAGCGUUAAUUUUAAGGGUCAGUUUGUGUGGGCGGCUCUUUUUUUUUCUCACAAUUUUAGGGGAUAAUUUUUAACCGUGUUAUCACACAGUGUUUUUAGUUUCUUUCUUUUUUUUUUUCUUCUUAUAAAAUAGUCAUUUUCUCUCUUCCUGGUUUAUACAGGCAAAUAGAACUUUCUCCAGUUUAGAGAUAUAUUGGUGAUGUUGGUUGACAUCAGGGCAACUUCAGAAGCUAGCAAGUAGGAGAAUCUUUUCAGAGGGCAAAAAGAUUUGUACCAGUUUUUCCUUCCUUGGAGAGACACUGCACCCAGAAAUGAGGCCCUCUGCCCUAUUUGGGGGGCCAGAAGUACCAAAAUUUCUGAUAGGGAUUGUUCGUAAGGUUCAAAUCGUAAUGGUUACUUGUCUGAGUUUAAGUCUUACAGUUACUUGUCUUGGAUUUUGCUUUUAACCCUAAAUUUGUGCUGAGGUUCUAUUUUCCCCCUUUUACACAGAGUGUGUUUCAGAAAUAAUGCAUACUGAAAAUUAGCUAUCUCGCAGAUACCUUAAAAUGUCUUUUAAGGCAUUUGUAAUUACCAUUAAAAGCACCCCGUAUAUUCAGGGAAGUUAAAAGAGUUCCCUGCACGAAAAUUUGACGGUUUUGAUUUACCUUAACAUUUUUCUCAGUUUUUCCUAUAACUAUAGACUUCAGUUCAGAUCAGAAACAUUCUUUCUCUGCUAACCACUCCUUACCAUAAGGAUGUGUCAGGAAAAACCGUAGGAACUUAAACUAUAACUUGUUCAUAUCAGCAGAGCAGAAGUAUCUUAACAUGAAUCUUGAUUUGUUUUAUUUUUUACAAAGUUUUCAAAUAUAUCUCUGUCAUUACAGUUUUGUUGAUUGAAUGUUGGUUUAUUACUGCAAAACUGAGGUAACAGUAAUAAAGUUUUGCAAGAAGGCAAAAAAAGGCAAAGGGAGGUAUUUAGUGCUGCAGUCCUUUAAUAUCAGUAGUUUUGUUUACUGUUCAGUGGUGGGGAGGGGUUGGAGAGGCUUUGUGGAAGAUGAUACCAAAAAAAAAAAAAAAAAUACAUCAAUUGCGCAUAUGAUCCCCUCCCCUUAAGCUUUACUUAAACAAUAUGUUUCGCUUUUGCCUCAAACCAUUCCGCACCACUUCUCCAAGAAUCCACCACUAUCUUCGUUCCUGAGCGAUUAAGGAUGACACUUUCUGUUGUAUAAUGUGAGCUGCAGUAUUGUUUGAACAAAGGUAACAUAUUUUAAUUUGUGUAAUACUUUGGUGAUUAGCAGUAGUAUGUCUGUAAUGUGAGAGGAAAUCUAGCACUAUGAAUACUUGAAAAUGCUUGAAGUAUCAGGGUAAGUUUCAAUUACUGCUGAUACAUGCGCAUGCUCUUGCAGGUAUGUUUUGUAUAUGUAGUAUAUGUGCGUGGGUAAUACUAAGAUACACCUUGAUGGUGGAAUCCACUUUGCUAAACAAUUAACUCUGCACUUUAAACCAUCAAUCUUUUAAGGCAUGACCUACUUUAUAAAGUCUCGAAGUUUGAAAUGAGUGGAGUUUAAACAUAAUAAAGCCAUCAUGAUCACAGUACUUAUACCUACACUGAAUUUACUAAGGAAUUUAAGAAAGAAAUAAAAAAAAAACCUUAUACAAAAAUGCCAUCUUUCGGUGUAUUUUAAGAAAUAGUUCUGCAGAUAAUUUUUUUUUUAAGUCCCAAAUUUCUGUUGAGAGGAGCAGUUAAGUGACAGUGCUGUUCCUGAAUAUAUCUUUUUAUGGAAUAGCACUUUAUAGUUUACAAUACAGUUCUGUCAUCUUAAAACGUUAUGUAGAAAUAAUAUGGAACAUGUAAAGACUUCGUACUGUGAUCCAAUGCGUUUUUCCCUAGGGUGAUGGAUUCCGUGCGUCACCCAAAUGUGAUGCUAUUUGCCAGGCUUGUAAUACUGGUUUUGAGGGUUGCUGUAUGUCCUAUUUCAUCAAGCAACACAAUACAACAACUUCGGUAUCUAGAUAUGGUCCGGAAAAAGAACCCCCCUCUGAGAAACAUUGCUAGUGAAGGCGAGGGUCAGACCCUGGAGCCUGUCGGUACAGAAAGCAAGGGACCUGGAAAGAACAAAGAAUUUUCUGCAGAUCAGAUGUCAGAAACUACGGAUCAGAGUGAUGCUGCAGAACUCAAUAAUAAGGAGGAACAUAGCUUGCAUGUCCAGGAUCCAUCUUCUAGCAGCAAGAAGGACUUGAAAAGCUCAGUCCUGAGUGAGAAGGCUGGCUUUAAUUAUGAAAGCCCCAGUAAGGGAGGAAACCUUCCCUCCUAUUCACAUGAUGAGGUGACAGAGAGAAAUAUGUUGGCUUUCUCAUCUCCAGCUGCUGGGGGAGUCUGUGAGCCCUUGAAGUCUCCUCAAAGAGCAGAGGCAGAUGACCCUCAAGAUAUGGCCUGCACCCCGUCAGGGGACUCACUGGAGAUGAAGGAAGACCAGAAGAUGUCACCGAAGGCUACAGAGGAAACAGGGCUAGCGCAGAGUGGUCAAGCCAAUUGUCAAGGCUCAAGCCCAGUUUCAGCGGCCUCAAAAAACCCACAAGUGCCUUCAGAUGGGGGUGUCAGACUGAAUAAAUCGAAAACCGAUGUACUGGUUAAUGACAACCCAGACCCGGCACCUCUGUCUCCAGAGCUUCAGGACUUUAAAUGCAAUAUCUGUGGAUACGGUUACUAUGGCAACGACCCCACAGAUCUGAUUAAGCACUUCCGAAAGUAUCACUUAGGACUGCAUAACCGCACCAGGCAGGAUGCUGAGCUGGACAGCAAAAUCCUGGCCCUUCAUAACAUGGUGCAGUUCAGCCAUUCCAAAGACUUCCAGAAAGUCAACCGAUCUGUGCUUUCUGGUGUGUUGCAGGAUAUCAGUUCCUCAAGGCCUGUUUUACUAAACGGGACCUAUGAUGUACAGGUCACUUCAGGUGGAACAUUCAUUGGCAUUGGCCGGAAGACACCAGAUUGCCAAGGAAACACCAAGUAUUUCCGCUGUAAAUUCUGCAAUUUCACUUACAUGGGCAACUCAUCAACAGAACUAGAACAACAUUUUCUUCAGACUCACCCGAACAAAAUAAAAGCUUCUCUCCCCUCCUCUGAGGGUGCAAAACCUUCAGAGAAAAACUCUAACAAAUGCAUCCCAGCCGUCCGGUCUGGUGAUGCUGGAGACCUGGGCAAAUGGCAGGACAAGAUCACAGUCAAGGCGGGAGAUGACACACCCGUUGGUUACUCAGUCCCCAUCAAGCCCCUUGACUCAAGACAAAAUGGUACCGAGGCCACCAGUUACUACUGGUGUAAGUUUUGUAGCUUCAGCUGUGAGUCCUCGAGCUCACUGAAACUGCUAGAACAUUACAGCAAGCAGCAUGGCGGAGCGCAGUCAGGCGGCCUUAAUCCAGAAUUGAAUGAUAAGCUUUCCAGGGGCUCUGUCAUUAAUCAGAAUGAUCUACCCAAAAGUGCAGACGGGGAGCCAAUGACCAAGGCAGACAAGGGCUCUAGUGGGGUGAAGAAGAAGGACUUCUCCAGCAAGGGGGCAGAGGAUAACAUGGUCACCAGCUACAACUGUCAGUUCUGUGACUUUCGAUACUCCAAGAGCCAUGGCCCCGACGUCAUCGUGGUGGGGCCACUUCUUCGUCAUUAUCAGCAGCUCCAUAACAUUCAUAAGUGUACCAUUAAACACUGUCCCUUCUGUCCCAGAGGCCUUUGCAGCCCAGAAAAGCACCUUGGAGAAAUUACUUAUCCGUUCGCUUGUAGGAAGAGUAAUUGUUCCCACUGCGCGCUCCUGCUCUUGCACUUGUCUCCUGGGGCGGCUGGAAGCUCGCGAGUCAAGCACCAGUGCCACCAGUGCUCGUUCAGCACCCCCGACGUGGAUGUGCUCCUCUUCCAUUAUGAGAGCAUGCACGAGUCCCAGGCCUCGGACGUCAAACAGGAAGGCAGCCACCUGCAAGGGCCAGACGGGCAGCCGGCUGUCAAGGAAAGCAAAGAACACUCAUGUACCAAAUGUGAUUUCAUUACCCAGGUGGAAGAAGAGAUUUCCCGACACUACAGGAGAGCACACAGCUGCUACAAAUGCCGUCAGUGCAGUUUCACCGCUGCCGAGACUCAGUCACUACUGGAGCACUUCAACACUGUUCACUGCCAGGAGCAAGACAGCACUACAGCCAACGGCGAAGAGGACGGCCAUGCCGUCUCCACCAUCAAGGAGGAGCCCAAGAUGGACCUCAAGGUCUACAGUCUGCUCAGUCCAGACUCUAAAAUGGGAGAGCCAGUUGCUGAGAGUGUGGUGAAGAGGGAGAAGCUCGAAGACAAGGACGGGCUGAAAGAAAAGGCUUGGGCUGAGAGUUCAAGCGAUGAGCUUCGCAGCGUGACUUGGAGAGGGGCGGACAUCCUACGGGGCAGCCCCUCUUACACCCAAGCCGGCCUGGGGCUCCUGACCCCCGUGGCCGGCCCCCAGGAGCAGGCGAAGACCCUGAGAGACAGCCCCAGCGUCGAGGCGGCGCACCUGGCGCGCCCCAUCUACGGCCUGGCUGUGGACACCAAGGGCUUCCUGCAGGGGGCGCCCGCGGGCGGAGAGAAGCCCGGCGCCCUCCCCCAGCAGUAUCCCGCGUCUGGAGAGAGCAAGGCCAAGGAUGAAUCCCAGUCCCUGUUACGGAGGCGCAGAGGCUCGGGUGUUUUUUGUGCCAAUUGCUUGACCACAAAGACCUCUCUCUGGCGAAAGAAUGCAAAUGGCGGAUAUGUAUGCAAUGCGUGUGGUCUCUACCAGAAGCUUCACUCGACUCCCAGGCCUUUAAACAUCAUUAAACAAAACAACGGUGAGCAGAUUAUUAGGAGAAGAACAAGAAAGCGCCUUAACCCAGAGGCACUUCAGGCCGAGCAGCUCAACAAACAGCAAAGGGCCGGCAGUGAGGAGCAGGUCAACGGCAGCCCCUUAGAGAGGCGGUCGGAAGAUCACUUAACUGAAGGCCACCAGAGAGAAAUUCCACUCCCCAGCCUGAGUAAAUACGAAGCCCAGGGUUCAUUGACUAAAAGCCAUUCUGCUCAGCAGCCAGUCCUGGUCAGCCAAACUCUGGAUAUUCACAAAAGAAUGCAACCUUUGCACAUUCAGAUAAAAAGUCCUCAGGAAAGUACUGGAGACCCAGGAAACAGUUCAUCCGUGUCUGAAGGGAAAGGAAGUUCUGAGAGAGGCAGUCCCAUAGAAAAGUACAUGAGACCCGCGAAGCACCCAAAUUAUUCACCACCAGGCAGCCCUAUUGAAAAGUACCAGUAUCCCCUUUUCGGACUUCCCUUUGUACAUAAUGACUUCCAGAGUGAAGCUGAUUGGCUGCGGUUCUGGAGUAAAUAUAAGCUCUCCGUUCCUGGGAAUCCGCACUACUUGAGUCAUGUGCCUGGCCUACCAAAUCCUUGCCAAAACUAUGUGCCUUAUCCCACCUUCAAUCUGCCUCCUCAUUUUUCAGCUGUUGGAUCAGACAAUGACAUUCCUCUAGAUUUGGCGAUCAAGCAUUCCAGACCUGGGCCAACUGCAAAUGGUGCCUCCAAGGAGAAAACGAAGGCACCGUCAAAUGUAAAAAAUGAAGGUCCCUUGAAUGUAGUAAAAACAGAGAAAGUUGAUAGAAGUACUCAAGAUGAACUUUCAACAAAAUGUGUGCACUGUGGCAUUGUCUUUCUGGAUGAAGUGAUGUAUGCUUUGCAUAUGAGUUGCCAUGGUGACAGUGGACCUUUUCAGUGCAGCAUAUGCCAGCAUCUUUGCACGGACAAAUAUGACUUCACAACUCAUAUCCAGAGGGGCCUGCAUAGGAACAAUGCACAAGUGGAAAAAAAUGGAAAACCUAAAGAGUAAAACCUUAGCACUUAGCACAAUUAAAUAGAAAUAGGUUUUCUUGAUGGGAAUUCAAUAGCUUGUAAUGUCUUAUGAAGACCUAUUAAAAAAAAUACUUCAUAGAGCCUGCCUUAUCCAACAUGAAA